CCUCCGCCGCCACCGCGCGCCGGCGAACAGGGAGCAUAAAAGUGGAGGGCUCCAACUCCGCCUUCCCACGUGCUUCCCAACGCCACGCGCGCGACGAGUGCGGCGCCAGCCAUGGCCCUCCUGCCGUCGUCGUACUCCUCCUGCCACCACCGCGCCUCGCCCUUCGCGCCGGCAACCCCCUGCUCGGCGCAGUCGCGCCCCCGGAAGGGAACGCUGCGGCUCGCGGCUGCCGGCGCUCGCUCCGGCCCUACCGCCGCGCCUAGGCGGGCCCGCCCCGCCGCGGUCGAAAGGAGGAGGUGCGAGUGCUUCGACCUGCAUCAGCAGCUCGUUCCUUAUGCGGAGGCUUACGCUUGGCAGAAGGCUAUUAUUAAGAGGAGGAUAGGGUUGCUAGACAGAGGCGAAGACCACUCGGACACCUUGAUUGCUUUACAGCAUCCACCUGUUUAUACGUUGGGCUCCGUCAGCAAGGAGGAGUACCUCCAUUUCAAAAAGGAAGAUGCUCCUUUUGAGGUUCAUAAGAUCAAUCGUGGUGGGGAAGUGACGUAUCAUGGCCCUGGACAGCUUGUUAUGUACCCAAUUAUCAAUCUGAAAUACCACAAAGAGGAUGUUCAUUGGUACUUUAGGUCACUCGAAGAACUGAUCAUCCGCGCACUGAAAUCAGCAUUCUCUAUCAAGGCAUCAAGGGUAGAAGGCCUUACUGGUGUUUGGGUUGGAGAUCAGAAAGUUGCAGCGCUAGGGAUUCAUGGCUCCCGUAUGAUAGUUUAUCAUGGCCUCGCGCUGAACGUCACAACUGACUUGACCCCAUUCCAAAUGAUUGAUCCCUGUGGCAUAAAGGACCGGGGCGUUGGUAGCAUUAAGCAGAUAUUACAGGAGGCAUCUCACGGAACAGAAAUUGAUGACACAUUACUGAUGGAUAUGGCAUAUAAUUCUAUGAUCAAAGAGUUUGCUGAACUUUUUCAACUCGAUUUAGACACCAGCCUUGAUUGCAGCUUUCAGGAGAUUAGCAAGUUGCACCGCUAGGGAUUCGUGGCACCCGUAUGAUAGUUUAGCAUGGUCUAGCACUAAAUGUCACGACUGACUUAACCCCCAUCAAACUGAUAGAUCCCUGCGGCAUAAAGGAUCGUGGUGUUGGGAGCAUUAAGGUGAUGCUACAAAAGGAAUCCGAUGGAAGGGGAAGGGAAACUGACGAUAUAUUGCUGAUGGAUACAGCAACAGUUUAGGCAUCAGCCCUCGUUGCAGUUUUCAUUGAGAUAACAAUCUCAUUCUCAACCUACUGCAUGAUGUUUUAUUUGGAGGCUGCAUGUGCUGCAGCCAUUCGAAAUGAAUUUUGCCGUAUUUGCUGCAGUCCAGUCUGUAUAGCAGCAGCACAUCCACCUUUCAGGUACAGGAGGUUUCUGGAUUGGAUUUAUUCGGCGUCUCUCUUGAUGAUCUUCAGUGUUUAUAGCAUCAUGUAGUGCUCUUUUCUUGUAAAGAACAGUGUAUUUACCAAUUCUUCCAUACGAGUAUACGACCCGGCGCUAAUAUCCCAAUUCCCAA